AGAUUAUUUUUCCUCUGUAUGUGAAUUGAUAGAGCACCAUGGCAAAUGGCAAUAAAGCCCCCAAGAAGUCAAAUACUAAGCGUAGGCGCGUUACACAAGCGUGCGACUACUGCCAUCAACGCAGCAUUAGAUGCCGGCCAUCAAGCGACAACCAGGGAUGUCAAAACUGCAAAGACUUUGCACAAGAAUGCACCUAUCAUCGAACACCUCGACGACGCGGGACAAAGCCUCGGGAUGAAUCAACAGACCAUAAGAACUACUCAGAAGAUGCUGCGCGUCCGCCUCUUAACGCUGCGAAUGCUGAACCGGCCCAAGAAAGUAGCCAUCCAUCCCAUGAUGUGAGAUGCGUACCCAGGCCGCGAGCCGUCUCUGUUCACGACAAUCAAUGGAAGGCACCACAUAUUGCCAGCCAAGCCAGCAUCAUGGACCUAAUUGAGAUCUAUUUCGAGAAGAGUCUCUCGAACCGAGUACACAAGCGAGAAAUCCAUCUUUUCUGUCACGAUGGCUCUUUGUGCCCUGGUCAGUGGUCGCAUACGAGACGGGUCAGUAACGAACCCCAAAUGGGACCUCGAGCCACUAUAUAAGAUACAACCAGAAUUGUUCUACGAUGAGGCCAAGAAACAGCUCCUGGAGCUCGCGACAGAGUCAAACAUACACAUCCUUCGAGCGCAUGCAAUUCUUGCCAUUGCAGCUAUUCAAAAUGGAAAGACGCGCGACAUGCACCACCAUCUUGGCUCGUAUCACACUCUGGUGGCGAUGGAUGGAUUACAUAAUGAGGCCAAUUGGCCACGCAAUAUUGACGUCGUGGAACGAGAGGAGAGGAGAAGACUGUUUUGGUCUAUGUAUACACUCGACAUCUACACGGCAGUGGUUUGGGGUGGCAUCAUUCGAUGUAGCGAGUGCCAAUCUUACGUAGCCUAUCCCACAGAAGUUGACGAUGACAUGAUCGACGAUAACGGAAUAACAGCACAAGAUCCAACACCUAGAAACGACAGUCAGUCUUUUGCAGGACGAGCGGAGUGCUGGCUAUCAGGGUGGAAUUUCAUCACAGACUUGUAUCGCGUCCUCGAACAUGCCUUGACGCGGCUCCGAGGCUACCGAAGGCGACAAACCACAAAUUCGUUCUUGGUAGGGAUGUUUGAGGAGGACUUUACUGCUGCAAAAGCAUCAGUUCGCGAGAGCGUCUUUCAAAUGUACCUCAACUUGCCAGAUUGCUUCAAAGAAACGCCCCAAAUGGUCUGUAACGUCAAGAAAGAUCGUUUCGGGUUCCAGGCCGCGAAUAUCACUGCCACAUUUCAGCUACUGCGUAUUGUCCUCUUCGCCGGUAGCGGAACCAGCAUCGAACAGCGUUGCCAGAUCGCCAGCGAAGUCGUCGAAGCAUUUGUCUCUAUACCGAUUGCUUAUCUGCUUUCUAUCAGCACCCCGCUCCUGCACCACCUUGGAGGUAUUGGAUCGAUUUUAGGUAAUGUGUUAGAAGAGCCGCUCAGCGAGGCCGACUAUACUCGUGUACGGGGAGUAAUGCUCUCAAUGGCGCUGCUGUUAGAGAACCUGGAGGUUAUCCACCACAGCACCAGUGCGAGCGAGAAGCUCCGAUCACAAGUUUCUCGAAUUGAUGAGUACAUGACUAGACAGCGACAGAUUGCCCCAUCAGCCGCGGUCCUGACAGCAUCUGAAGGCAUGAUGGAAGAAUCGGUACUGGACAGCCAAGUAGCCCAAAGCUAUCAGGAGAUCAUCCCAGAUGGUGCAUUGGACUGGACGUUUCCAGAAAAUGGAGAGCAUCUUGGAGACCUGACGUGGAACUUCAACUUGAAUUGAUAUUUUAGUGUUAAAGAGUUUUCAGCUACGAGGUGCAAUCUCGCAUAUCAACAAGCUAACCAUCGAUAACAUUUUGCUGCUCAAUCGUACCAUUUCCGCAGUUCUCCAAAUCCUUCUCAGUGCCAUGAACCUGCUGAACAUAUCCAUCGACCUCAUCAAGCAACUGUCUCGAUGCUACUGCGACGUCUCCGCCUGCUUCAGCCAAGCGCCUCUCAUAUUCCUCCAUGUUCUUAGACACGAGGAGACUGUUGCUCGUGAACAAGAGGUUAAUCUCUUCGAGGGACUUUUUAGAUACUUCGGGGAAGAAGAACCAGACAAGAGGCAUAGCAACGACAUUCAUGGCCCCGAAAAAAAUGUAGGUAGCCCAGC